AUGCUUCGUGAAGUGUUAUUCGUUUUAUUCAUUGCAACAGCGUCAUCUGUAACACCGUCGCCACCACGAUGGCCUCCGGUCUGGAUGUCAACUGGGAGUGCGCAUUAUUUAUUCAAUAAUCAAACUGUAUCCACACAAAUAUUUUAUGACUGGACUCGACCGGCACAAGUGAUGAAUUUAAUGAGAGAAGAUUCUUAUACAUAUACAAUCAUGCACAAUGGAACAACAGUUUGGCGAUUAGAACGUGCCAAUCGGUCAUGUUGCAUCGAUCCACAACAAACAGGUGUCA